AGUUACACAUACAGUUUCUGUACUGGAAGAAAAUUAGUGAGCUUUUGAGGAACAAAAGUUCUAAAUCGCUGUUUAAUUUAAUAUCUUUAGGAACAAUAUUUCUAGGAGUUUCUAUUUGCAAAUGUUCUAUUCUUUUGAGGAGGUAAGUAGAAGUAUUGCUUCAGACUCUCAAUACAUACCAGAUAACUGAUUUAAACAAACUCCAUAAGUUACAAGUAAAACAUUGUAUGACAGUAAGUUUUUCAAAUGAUGUAAUUUAUAUGAACAAAUUUGUAUUUUUUUACAUACAUGAUCUAUAUGCUUAUCCCAUUUAGUGUAUGGUGUACCUGAACCCCUAAUUAUUUAAAACAAGUAACAUGUUCUAGAGCCUGACAAUUGCACUGGUUUAAAAUGUAAUUCCCAGUAUGCAAGCAGCUAUUAUGUUGCUUAAUGUGUACUGUUUUGCAAUCAUAAUCCGGUGAAUGUACAUUCAUAACACUGGACUUGCUGCCAUUGAUAAUCAAACCACUGUCAUGACACCAUCUAACUAUGUUGUUGAAAUCAUGCUACACAUCACUUGCUGCUUCAUAAAUAAUUUUGUGAGAGUUUGGUAACUAUUGCACUAUCAUCUGCACACAAUUAUAUGUUGGCCUUUGUGAUUUGCUUAGUCUGUGAGUUAACAUAUAUAAUAUAUAGAAUGGGUCCGAGAACACUGCCUUGAGGAAUGCCUGAGUCAAUGCUAAGCUCUCCUGUUGUAAAAUCCUCUAUUCUAAUAAAUUUUCUGUUUUGUAAAUAGUCUCUGAAUCAAUGAAGAAAUUUGUUCUUUAUUUUAAUUUUUUUCAAGCGAUUCAAUAAUUCUAUCAUAGUGUAGAACGUCAAACGCUUUAGAAAACUCGAUGAACCUUAUCAAUAUUUGAUUUCUUAAACCCAGUUCAUUAUUUAGAUGAUCAGAGGUAUCUUGAAGAAGUGUUUUAGUGCUUUUAUUAUUUUGAAAUCCAUAUUGACAAUAAUCUAUUAUUUUCUAAGUAGGUAGUGAGAUGUGUAGUUACAUAAUGUUCCAUUAUUUUAUCCAGUACUGACAAGAUUAAUAUAUAGGAUGAUAGUUUUCAAAAAGUACAUGAAUUCCUCCAUUUUAUAUAGGUCUAACAUAGCAGUUUUCAAUUUUACAAGGAUAUUACUCAGUUGGAUAAUUGUACCGGUGUCAUAAACAAAUGUUAAAACUAUGGUAUUUAAACUGUAAAUUGGAAUGUAAAAUUAAUUAAUUUCAGCAAUAACUGUAUAUGAUUAAAAUUGUAACCUUCAAACUAACAAUCUUUACUAACAAACAAUGUGAAACUACUGAUGUUUUUAAAACAUGAAAUGUUAUUUUCUUUUGUAGAAUUAAAGAAACUGCAUGGAGAGCUGUUGAAUUCCUCCAAGCUAAUCCCCGAGGUAGAGAACAUCAAUGACAUGUCAAUGCCAUGCAAUCAGUUCUCUCGUUAUGAUGAAUUGGUAAAGAGUGUUCUGCUCUCAGGCCUGGGGAAGAUUCUCGUGUUCCAAAAGCCAAUACGCAAGAGGGGUCUAAUGCUCCGUACCCUAGAUGGGAGCCCGGCAGUGAUCAGUAGCGAGAGUGUCAACUCCAAAUUCAAGGAGUUUCCAACUCCAUUCCUCACCUACUACAAGAGCUUGUCGUCAGCAGAGCGGAGAGCAGUCAUUGUCCAUGAGUCCAGUCUGUUGUCACCUGUCUCUCUUGUGCUCUUCAUGCCUGGUGUACUCACACUAAAAAAUAUGGCUGGUUUAGAAAAUGAAAAUUCUGUAAUAUCUGUUGAGGGUGCCAGACCUGUCUACAUUGAAGUUAAUAAAAAAGAGGGAGAGCAGCUGUUGCACCUUAGACAGGUGGUGUGGAACGUGCUGGAGUACUUGGUGGAGUAUGAGGGUAGACCCAGAGAUGUGGAGCAGUACAAGGCCAUCUGUCAGUUCCGAGAUGAUCUGUUACCGGUUCUCGCCGAUCUGACCGGAGAACAGGGAGCCAACAUUGACUUCACAGAGAGUGGAGAGUUAAGGACUGAACCUCCAUCCGAUAGAAUGCAGAGCGGAUAAUGUAUUGUGCACAUGUGAUUCACUCAACAUCUGCCAGAAUUGAUAGUAUUGAAUGUUUUGUUUUAAAGUGGCUCAGGUGUAGCAGUCAAAUUGUCACUUUAUUUCAUCUGUUGGGCCUGUAUUCACUUAAUUUUCCUGUGAAAGGUUAUAAUUGGGAAGGCAUUGCUUAAAAGACAAAUAUUUUUAAAUGUUCAGAUAGCUGAUACUUCAUUGUAUGGAGAGUUUUUAAUAAUACUCUCAAUGAUAAAGGGGGUGGGAAACCAUUUCUCAUUUAAUUUGUAAUGUUUUUAAUGGCUGGUGUAAUGAAAUAAUUCAAUGAAAAUUGACAUAAUUUAGUGAUGAAGGACUGUAGAUUGAUUACUUCUUCUUAACAUCCACAAAUGUACAAUAUUUACUGUAUUAAAAGUUUUUUUAAAUUGAAAAAUAACUUAGUGACAGAAAAAUAAAUAACAAAACAAGUAUUCCUGUUAUCGUUAUUCAAUUGCUAUUAUAGAAUGGUUCGAUU